CGACCAUUUAAACAUUAUAACACGCACUGGAAAGCCAUUUUCACAGUAAUAAAUGCUAGUUUAUAAGUUACGGAAUUUUACGAAACAAACCAAAAUGAAUUAUUUUUCAGUUACAAGAGGAUUAGAGCAAAAUUCGCACCUAUUAUGAACCAUGUUUCGAUGAUAGCGGUUAAGUAUUUUCUGUAAUGUUUAAUUCACAUCAGUAUGAACCUGGCUUAUUUUGUCGUAAUUUGUCGGGGUAGAAUCAUUGCCCAUUAAUGGUCACUGCUUGGGGUAAUAGUUUAAUUCCGAUGAGAAUCUGUUUGGUUACAGUAAGAAGCUGUAAAUGGGUAUUUCAGUUAACACUAAAUCAUAACAAUUAACGUGAAUGGAUUAUCAUGCUUGGAUGGAUAUCUCUUGUAGGUAAAUUUUUCGUAAUUUGUUUAUUAAUAAAGACGUUAGAUAUGUUUAACUCAUUGCACUUCUGUGUGAGUAUCGGUGAUUAAACGUAUUCUGUUCGUUCAGACUUUUAUUGGUACAUCAGAUUAUUAUUACUAUUAUUAUGUGUUCCAUUUCUGCUGAUAUUUCGUAAUAUCAAUGAAAACAAAUGAGGAAACAUUGUAUUAAAAGUAAAAAUGGUGGAUUGAUUUCCUAUAAAAAAUCUAAAGCAAAGGAGUUAGUUAAUAAUGCCAACAAAAUAUCUUGUUUAAUAAAGGAACUCAAUAUAUCAUUAGAAAUUCCUGACUAUUUAAAUGUAAAUAAUGCUAUCACUGUUGAAUGUAUAAAAGCAUCUAAAGCUGAUGUAGCAAUUAUUGAUGAAUUAAUGCAACUACUUCAAGAAAAUAUGCAAAGUUUGUAUAUUUUAUCAUCAUGGGGUUGGAAUACCGAAGCUAAACGAGCUGAAGCAUUUUCAUCAAAAUCUUGGUUAAUUAUAUGUCGUUGUCAAACUUCUGAUAUUCAGUCCAUAGCUGGAUUUGUUAGUUUUCGGUUUGAAUGUGAAGAAGAACAUCCUGUGUUAUAUUGUUAUGAAAUCCAAUUAUACCCACAAUUUCGUCAUUUACAUGUUGGAACAUUUUUAAUGAAUAUAUUAUUAUCUAUUUCAUUGGCAUUGAAUAUGCAUCGUGUCAUGUUGACAGUGUUCAAGUCGAAUAAAAGUGCUAUUAAGUUUUUUGAGAAAUUAGGAUUUGAAACUGACGUAACAGAUCCUUCUAUGUUCAAAGGAGUUAAAACUGUUGACUAUAGAAUUCUGUCCAAAUUAACUGUUAAAUGAAAUUUGAAUUCUGGAAGUCAAGUUACUUCAUAUCUACGAACUUAAACUAUAAAUCUUUAGAAAGUCAUUUUUAUAUGUAUUUUUAUUGCUCAGUUUAAAAUACAAUCAUAAACUUUUGUUA